AUUGACAGUUUAUUACUAACGAUCUCUUUAAUUUAAAUUUUUAAAUUGUGUUAUGGUAUUUAAGAAAGUUAAGACCUAUAAAUUAUUAAGGCAUUUUCACAUGUUAUCUUAAGUGUACUGUACUCAGAGGUUUUCAGAAUAAACGAGCUGAAAUCGAAUUUUAAAGUAAUCCAAGGUAGUACAAUCUUCUUAGAAAAAUGGAGUAUGAUUCUGAUGAAUUCGAAAAAAUAAAAACUGAAAAUGUUACACUUAAGCAAGAUUUAGAAAACCUAAACCAACAAUUACAUGAAUGUAAGAAAAAUGUUAGACUUUUACAAGCAGUUCAGAUUGAAUGUCAAAAUGAAAUUGAUCUAUUGCAAUCAGAAGAAAUUAAACAAAAGCAAAAAUACCAAGAAAUAAUAAAGCAACUGGAACAGAAUAUUCAUAGCAUGCGAGCUAGCCACAAUGAAGAGAAAUUAGCCUUUGAAAAUGUUAUCACGAAAAUGGAAGAAAAAAAUGAGCGCAUGCAAUUAGAAUUAGAGGUUUUUAAAGAAUCUGAUAGUAAUACAACUAAUUUCGUUGGUGAUACCAGUUUGCUAAUUAAAGAGAUCCUUUAUGAGCCACCAGAGGUUUAUGAAAACCAAGAGUUAAAAAAGACUUUAACCCAAUUACAAGAAGCGAAUGAAAUAUUACAAAAAAAAGUAGAGGCAUACGAAGCAGAAAUUGAAGAUUUAAAAGAGUGUUAUGCUUGUGCGAAAAAUGAUUUAAAAGAGGCUAAUAUAACAAAUCAAUUUUUAAAUGAUGAAGUAUGUGGAUUGAAAACUGAAAUAGAUACCAUAAAAAAUCAACCUCUUAACCAAGGUAGCAAAGGAAAUUCUCUAUUUGCUGAAGUUGAUGACAGGAGAGUAUACCUUCAAGACAAAAUCGAUAAAAUGAAGGCAAGUUAUGUAGCAAAGACACAAGAAAACGCACAACUCAAACAUACAGCACAUCAGUUACAAUUAGAAAAUAUGCGCCUUUUGGAAAAGUGGAAAUCGGAUGUGGAAGAAAAAGAUGAUGACCAACAUGGAAUAAUUGUGGCUCUAAAAUCUAGAGUUGAUACGCUGGAAAAGAUCAUAGAAAAGUACAAAAAGGAGUUGUCGGAGAAACCUAUAGUUAUAUCAAGUAACAGUUUUGAAGAAUUGGAAUAUUAUAGCUUAACAUUGAACGAGAAAAACAAAGAACUACAAGCUUUAAAAGAGGAAAUGAAUUCGAAAUCCUUACAGAGAUUUAUGCUUUCAUCAGAAUUAAGAGAAUCGAACGAAGAAAAGCGAAAAUGGAGAUUGGAAGCUAUGUCCAAACAACAUGAACUCGAGCUACUCAAGAAAGAAUUAUCAAAAGAAACGGAAGGUGGUAAUACAAAGCCAGUAGAAAAACGAGAAAAAUUGAGUUUUAUAACUUUAGCUAGGAAGGAAGGAAGCCGUAGUAGUGCUGAAAGUAAAAAAGAAAUUGUUUGUGAAAACAAAUUAGAAGAUAGUGUUAAAAGACUUACAUUAACAGAACGGUCGCCUGAAAUACAUGGCACAUCUUUAGAUCUCUCGGAUGAACAAAAGGAAAGUGGCGAUUUCGAAACAUCUGCACUUAGUAACGAAUGUGUUGACCACAGUGUUGCAAAUAGAAGAGAUACAAUAUUAAUAGAUAAGGAACACAACAAUAAAGAGAAUAAGCCUGACAACGAUGUGACUAUGAAUAACCCAAAGAGAGUUACAUUUGCUGUAAAUACCCUAUCUCCAAAAAAGACUGAAAGACGUGGCGGACGAAGAAUUCUUCUAGGAAAACCGAUUUAUUUUAAAGACUAAAGUUAGAAGCUGGGCAUACUGACUGAUUUUAUUGUAAUCUCCAAUAUGUUUUAUGUUUUUUUAUGUUUCUACAAUAUUUUUAUGUGUUUUAUGAUAAAGAUAAUAAGAUCAUAUUUUUAUAUUUCCUUGGAAUUGUUAUAAAUAUUUUAAGAAGUUUACUUUUAAUACUUUUUAAUAUAAAUAAAUUAAAUUUUAAUUUU